UAAACAAUUGAUACGAUAACAAAGCUUCCAAGGUUCAAGAUGGGUCGCAAACCUAACUUCGUCAUUCUUCAGUACUUCGACAGAGGUCAGAAGCUGAACGAUUCAAGCAACAGAUACGAGCACACAUGCAAGUCAUGUGGUGAACAUUUCCCCAAAGGACGGAGUGAUCGGAUGACCACCCACUUGGGCAAGUGUACUGCACUCUCUCCUGCUGAGCGUCAAAAAGCUGUUCAGGCCUGCAACAACCAACAGCAACUGCCUGAUGGUGUAGAAUUGCGAAAUGGACAAUUACACUUGCGCGGCCCGACCGUUGACCUUCCUAUCGCCCCGCGCAAUUGGACACCCCUCGAAACUCUGGCAGAAGCAUCUAGGCAGAUUGGUUUGAGUGAGAAGCACGAUGGUCCUGCUGGUAGUGGUGGCAGAUCGUCCGAGCCUCCGCGAGCAGACAGACUGGAAUUACAAGAGCAAUACACCUUAGACAAUCCGCCUGUCAGCUAUGAACAACGCGUACAAGGCAGAAAGUUUAACGAGAAGCUUAACCGCCGAGAGAGUAACCACUCGUUGCCCCCCAUGAGCUUCCACCCUCAGAUGGUCGACUCCCGCUCCUCCUCGCCAAAUCCAAAUCUGGCAAUGGCUGCAAGUAGUAUGGCUGCUGCUGCCCGCUUCGUGAAUGCUAUGGUAGACCCACAACUGUUGAACGAGGGCACCAGUGCACCAGAAGGACUACCUGGUAACCCCGUUGAGCAAACAAUGACAGAAGCCACUGGUGCCUAUUCGGAGAAUCCGUUUCAAGAUAGCCCAGUAAAUCAACACAACUUGUGGUCAAUUCUUGACAUGGGCAACCCAUACCACGAAGCAGAAACAGUCGACAAGGGUGUUGAGAACAACGAACUGCCUCGCACUACAUAUACUCAGAUUGCUAUGAACCCGGCUGCUGUAGCGCAACACGAGUUUAGUGCCGAGUACACGAAUGGUGAACGUCCUCAAAAGCACAAAGUUCGCGGUCGGUUCACAGCAGCUCGUCGCAAGGAAGUCCAAGAAGUAAGGAAGAAGGGUGCUUGCAUUCGUUGCAGAAUGCUCAAGAAGCCUUGCUCCGGAGAGAGUCCUUGCGUUACUUGUGCGAGUGUAGAAAGUGCGCGUCUGUGGAAGGCUCCUUGCGUCCGUACGAAGCUUUCCGAAGAACUUGAGAUGUACUCAUCGAAUCUUCACGUUUCUCUUGCAUACCACGAGACCAACCGAGUCAAGAACCUAGUUUCUUUCAGACAAUCGGCAAACAGCAUUGAGGCAUCUCAGUACCCAGCUGAGGGGAUAUUCGCGACGUUCAAUGCUCUGUAUGGACAACAAAUGCAGACCGAAAGAAACGUUGAUCCAGACCUCGGUGCCGCGUUCAACCCAAGUAUCAUCCGAAUUCUCGAUGAGAACAAUGACGACCUCCCAUCCAAACUCGAGGCAUACAUGAAGAGAAUCUCCCCCGUUUUCUACGCUAAUGAGCAAUCUCACUUCAUGCGUGUGACCCUUGCAACUGCUCAUGCCUUGGCCAUGCAAAAGGAAGACGCGUUGUUAUCUCGUGCUUUGGAGCUCUGGUCCAUUGUACACAUUCUUGUUGAUCACGAGAUGUCCUGGACAAUAUCCGAGCGAACAGAUGAAGAGGCGGAGGCUGGCAGAGGCCCUUUGAUUGACCAGGUUGCCAAUGGAAUCACCUUCAACGUUAUCUGCCUUCAAUUGAAUGCCGCUGCUGAGAAGAAGGCCGCUACCAUCUGCAAGUCAGUUCUGAACGACCUCGAACGCCGUCUUCUGCAACGUACUUCAGACAAUGCUUUUGAGACCUUCCUCACGGCUAUCGUCAUGCUGAACUGCGUGGAGAAGUCUACGUGGCUCUAUAAAUCUUGGGAGCAAGAGUCUUUCCAACCUCGCUGGCCACUAGACAAGACACCGGAGUUCUAUGCGUCCCAGGGAGACAAGCUGACUAACAUGUUGCACAUGCUCUUGAAGAUGCGUAGCGUCCCACCAAAGACCUUUACUCAGAAGGAUGGUCUUUUGGCAAGUGAGGCUGCUCCAGCUCAAGAGUAUUUCGAGCAACUUCAACUCAAGUUUGUCGACGUCCUCAACGCCCAAGCAAAUCACUCCUUCGAUCCCAGCAACCCCGGUUGUUACGAACUUCGCUUCUGUUCGCAACUCCUCCUUCCUUCACAAUAAAGCUUCUUGAUUGAUGACCGCAUGGAUUUCUUUUCCUUUCAUUUUUUUCUUUCUCGUCCAAAAUGGCAUAAAGCAGCAUAGACUUUGGAGUCAGUCUAGCAUUCAUCAAAACGGCGAAACGUGUUACUGGCAUGGAUGCAUGGGCGGGCGAUAAUACUCAUGACACGGAUGACAUGGAUGACGAGGAGUUCAUGGCGCUUUGCUUUGCCUAGCUUAUGGCAUGUAUGUGAGACUAUUAGCAAACCAAAAUAAUUGAC